CACUUGGAAAAGGUAAGUCACACUUAAGGUCGGAGAUUUUGGAAUAUUGCACAGUAAGGAAGAAGGUCAGAGAUUUUGGAAUAAUGCACACCAAAAAAUGUGGACCCGUUUGGCACUCCUCGCUGCCGUCGUCGUAGUGGCCGUGAAUGCCACUGCAUUCUUUGGCGACCCAUGCACACCAAACCCAUGUCUGUACGGCGGACGCUGCACUACAACCGGAAGAGACAGCAUGUCCUGCGCAUGUCGCAGAGGGCUCACUGGAAUAAUCUGUCACUUGGAUGCUGCUACUGGCGCCCCAGCCUUGUUUGACCUUGCUAACGCUGGUCCAGUUGGCCCAACAGGUGCCACCGGUGCUCAGGGUCCAGCCGGACGUCCAGGUGUUGGUGCUCCAGGUCUCGAUGGUGCCCCAGGUGCCGCAGGCGCUCCAGGUGCUUCUGGUGACGCAGGUGCUGAUGGUGCCCCAGGUGCCGCUGGUGCUGAUGGUCUGCCAGGUGCCCCAGGUCUCGAUGGUGCUGACGGUAUCCCAGGAUUUGGUGCCCCAGGCCCCAAGGGUGACCGUGGUUUCACCGGUGCUCCAGGUGCCCCAGGUUUCGAUGGUGCCCCAGGUGCUCCAGGUCUUGAUGGUGCCCCAGGCCCACAAGGUCCAGCAGGUGCCAGAGGUGCUAACGGUCGUCCAAGCGGUGUUAAUGGCGCUCGCGGUGCCACAGGUGCUCCAGGUCGCGAUGGUCUCGAUGGUGCUCCAGGUGCCCCAGGUGCCAAGGGUGACCGUGGAUUCCCAGGUGCCACUGGUGCUGCUGGACGUCCAGGAGCCGCUGGUGCUCCAGGACCAGCCGGUCCAGCCGGUGCUCCAGGCAAGGAUGGUCUCAACGGUGCCCCAGGUCGCGAUGGCCUUUCCUUCGGUGCUGGACCAAAGGGUGACCGUGGUUUCACUGGCGCCACUGGUGCUGCUGGUGCCCCAGGCAAAGAUGGCUUCCCAGGACGUCCAGGCGCUGAUGGUCUGCCAGGUGGCCCAGGCAAGGACGGUCUUAACGGUGCUCCAGGCCGCAACGGUCUCGAUGGCCUUAAUGGUGCCCCAGGCGCUAAGGGUGAUCGUGGUUUCACCGGUGCCACUGGUUUCACUGGUGCCCCAGGUGCCAAGGGUAAGGAUGGUCUCAACGGUGCCCCAGGUUUCGAUGGUGUCCCAGGUGCUGCAGGUCGCCCAGGUCUUGGUGGUCCAGUCGGUGCUCCUGGCCGUGAUGGCAAGAACGGCGCUAAUGGUGCUAGAGGUCUUGAUGGCGCUAACGGUGCUAGAGGUGCUCGUGGUCCAGCUGGUCCAGUUGGCCCAGUCGGUGCCCCAGGACGCAACGGUGCUCCAGGCAAGGACGGAUUCAACGGCGCUAACGGUGCCGUUGGUGCUGUAGGCCCACAAGGCGCAACUGGUGCCAGAGGCGCAACUGGUGCCCCAGGUAAAGCCGGCAAGGAUGGUCUCAACGGCGGUCCAGGUGCCCCAGGCGCCAAUGGUAGAGACGGAUUCAACGGUGCUCCAGGUAAAGAUGGCGCUAAUGGUCUGAAUGGUGCCCCAGGUGCUCGUGGUGCAGCUGGUCCACGUGGCGCAACAGGUGCAAAGGGAGCUACUGGUGCUCCAGGUUUUGAUGGUGUCCCAGGCGGCCCAGGCAAGAAUGGUCUUGACGGCGCUCCAGGCAGGUUCGGUGCCCCAGGCAGAAACGGUGCUCGUGGUCCAGCUGGUCCAGCUGGCCCAAGAGGUCUUUCUGGUCUCGCUGGCGCCGAUGGUGCUCCAGGUAAGGCUGGUGCUGAUGGUGCCCCAGGUUUGGCUGGUGCCCCAGGUGCUACUGGCGCCACUGGUGCCGCAGGCCUCAAUGGUGCUCCAGGUGCUAAGGGUGAUCGUGGAUUUACUGGUGCCCCAGGCAGAAACAGCUUCGUCCAAGGUGCUACAGGUGCCCCAGGCCCAGCUGGUCCACAGGGUGCAACAGGCUUGACAGGUGCUACAGGCUUCACUGGUGCCCCAGGAGCAACUGGUGCCCGUGGUCCAACUGGUCCAACUGGCGCCACAGGUGCCCCAGGCAAGGCUGGCGCUCCAGGCCGUGAUGGUGCCCCAGGUGCCCCAGGUGCUGCAGGCGUCAAGGGUGAUCGUGGAUUCCCAGGAUUCCCAGGCAAGGACGGUCUCAAUGGUGCCCCAGGUGCCACUGGAAGAGCUGGCGCAAGAGGACCAAGAGGUCCAGCAGGUGCUCCAGGUGCCCCAGGCCGUGAUGGUGCCACAGGCGCUGCCGGUGCUAGAGGCGCCACUGGUGCCACUGGUGCCGCAGGCCUUGAUGGUGCAGCAGGUGCUGCCGGUGCCCCAGGUGCCAUGGGAACCAUGGGCGCUAUGGGUUCCAGAGGAUCCCAGGGAAGACCACACAUCUUCCACGCUUUCGGCUCUAAGAAAGGAGGAUUUUUAUAAGCGCAACAAGACGGCGACUCUGAAACAUCCCGAAGAGAAGCUGUGAAGAACUUAUAAAUUAUCAGUUAUGUAAACGGAAUGGUUUAUAUAUUUUUUCUUAUUAAAGAGAAUAAUACAGUAUAUAAUUUGAAACAGUACAAAUCGUGUUGUUCGUUUUCUUUUAUCCCCACCGCCGAGGAGGGACUUGGAGUUUGUAAAAUGAAAGCACGUGUUUAUUACCUACCUUUUCUUCUGUACUGUUAUUCAUAAAAGUCUAGUCUAAAUCAAUUUUUGUUUAAUAAAUUAAAUAAUUAAUUCUACCAUGCCAAAUAAUGCUUUGGUAUUUAA